AUGAACAAGGCCCCUCCAAUGUCGACUGAUGGAACAGCUAUGGUGGCACAGCCAUCGCCUAUGAUGGGGAUCGCCCAGCCACCCCUAGGAAUGAGGCAGCCCCACCCCAGUCCUGUCCAGAUGGCACCUCACCCAACCCCUGUCAGUGAAAACAAAGUCCUAGACAAGCGAAGACUACAGGAAUUAGUUAAGGAAGUUGAUCCCCUUGAACAACUAGAUGAUGAUGUAGAAGAGGUAUUACUUCAAGUGGCAGAUGAUUUCAUAGACAGUAUAGUCAACUCUGCCUGUCAAAUUGCCAAACACAGAAAGUCCAGCACUUUAGAGGUCAAGGACGUACAGCUCCAUCUUGAGAGGAAUUGGAACAUGUGGAUUCCUGGAUUUGGAUCUGAUGAAUUACGGCCAUACAAGAAGGCUUGUUCUACAGAGGCUCACAAACAGAGAAUGGCUCUCAUACGCAAGACCUUAAAGAAAUAUUGAAUUUUGCCUGUGAUGUUCAUGGUGUAGUACCUGUAUCAGAGACAUAGUUCGGUGAUGUUAUAAGUGUGUCUAGCGUGCUAAGCUAGGACUUGGCAGUAUGACUUAGGAACGUAUACAUGUCCAGAGAGAAUUAAGUGGAUGUAUAUUAUGAUGAAGCUGUGUGUGAGCUUAGCUAUGUAUUAAAAAGACUGACUAGUCAAUAGGUUUGUACAGUGAUGACAAUUACACACAAAGUGUUCCGAAGAAAUACAUUCGAUAUCUUACAGGAUUUGUAAAAACGUAGAGAUUUUCAAUUGAAAGCUUUUAAAUUCUUAUCAUUUCAUGUCAGAUUUUUAUUUCAUGAUCAUUGCCACAAUUUUUGAAGUACAUUUCUGUAGUUUUCCACAUUUUACUAGACUCAAUCCAUUGUCAUUUUUUCACAUAGGGAAAAUAUUCUUUCACUUGCACUUGGAAAACAUCUUGAGAGUGUUUUUAUCAUCAAAAUGUCAUCAAAAUGAUUUCAUCGUCCUUAACAUCAUGACAUCAGUAUUGAAACACAUUCCGUGCAGCUGUCAGAAACUGUGGUGUAUUGUGUUAAAUGUCACAAAUUUGAGUAUUGGUUAAGAAAAUCUAUUAGUGAAAAUAUUGGGAUCUACUCCUGUUCUACUUAAGUUUCAAAACAUUUUUUAUUUUACUUAGGGCUUGUCAUUACAUUGUUUUGUGCAAAUGAUUUUAUUUUUUCCAAGACAGCACCCAUCAUACUACUUGAUAUAAAUAGAGAAAAUUUUUUUUUAUUGUCACACUCCACAAAGCCUCGUGAUGAAAACACAUAAAUGGAGAUUUCUCUGUCUUCAUCUGUAUCAUGUUCAUCACACAGAGGGACCCACCUUUAAUAAUUGUCACAACACAAUAGUAAAACCUUGUUAUAACAUUCUGUUUUGAUACUGUUUUUGACAUUUCAGUUUUAAACACAAGAAUACUACUUCAGUAGAAAGUUUAAAGUGCUAGAUUACACACAAUAUUAGUGUAUUGUGUGGUGUCUUGGUAGAAAAUUAUACCAACAUUUAUGGGUGUCUAGAAAUUUUAAAUUCUCAGGAAUAUCUUGCAUGACAAAUGCUAUUUUAUAUAGUACCCAGUUCAUGUGGGAAUGAAACUGACAUUAUUUCUGGUUUUAUUGAUUUUUUGUCGGGUUGGACAUUGG